UCUGAACUUGUCGUUUGCACAACCGCUAUAAACUUGCAAGAAUUAAAGUUAAAGUUUAAAGUUAACUAAAUAGCAAAUCAAGUUACUUAAAUUUUAGUUGAGUCUUCAAAUUUCAAAUAUUAACGUAGAUUAUGAGAAGAAAUUUUACAACAACGUGUAGAAGCUAUUAUUUUUGUUGACAAAAAUUAAUUGCUCAUUUUACAAUUUUAAGAUUUUUGAAAUAACUUUAAUUAAAUCACAAGUAUUAAAACAAUCAAUAUGAUUUCCAUUAAAUUUUCCAAGACGAAAGGACCUUCUCGCGUAUUAAAGGAUUCCAAGUUGAGAGAUGACUCUACUCGUGAUUUGGACGAGGAGACUGAUUUUGUAACGUCCGUCGAUAAAAGACAGAUUCACGGAACUAAGAAGAAAGAAGUAAAACUACCCCUCGUAAUUCCUCUAAUUACCAAAAAUGAGUGGCGCAUGGACAUGGACCGUAGAGCAGAAGAAGCGGCGGCAGCAGCAGCAGCAAAAUCAACAGAAGAUAAGCCAGCUGUUAAAAAGGAGGAUGUAAAACUCUCCUUGGAAGAUCAGGCCAUCCAAGAGCUUUUAGGAGUAUCAGCCAAUAAUAAAGUAGAAGAUGACCCCGAACAUAUUCCACUCCUCCUGCAAAACCAAGUUCCCAAAGGGUUCGAGGAAGAAGAAAAUAUGGAUGUUUCCCUCAGACCGGAAAUGUCGACUUUAGAAGAUUACGAAAAGAUUCCCAUAGAAGAAUUCGGCAUGGCGAUGCUGCGUGGAAUGGGGUGGUCAAAGACGGAAGGAAUCGGCCUCAAGAAUAAGCAACAUAUCGAAAUUGUAGAGCCACAACUCCGGCCGAAAGGCCUCGGUCUUGGAGCAACCAUCUCCACCCAAGUCCAAAACGGAAUCCAGAACAGCUCCGGUCCUGCGAGUGGGAAGGAUAAAAAGGAAGAACUAUUAUUUAAAAUCGGAGCAGGAGCGUGCAUUCAACGUGGCGCAGAUAAAGGGAUGUAUGGCAGGGUUGAAGCGUUUGACGAAGAUAAUAAUCGCGUCGUGAUAAAGUUAGCGAUCAAUGGAAAAAUGUCAACCGUGUCAAAGUUCCAUAUCGUUCUCGUCACCGAGUCUGAUUACAAGGGGAAGUCGAAAGUUUUAAAUUACGACCAAUACUCGGAAUAUAAGGAAAUACACGAUGCCAAAGAUAAGGAUAGGAUGAAUCGUGAGGCUGCCGAGAGAGAAGUCGCCGCAGCUGCCUCCUCUUCUUCGAGUGAUAAGAGAAGAUCAAAACAUAAAUCGUCGAAACGAGAUGAUGAUUACUACAACUCCUCACAUAAAUCGUCACAUCAUUCUUCUUCCAAGAGUAGAAACUGGGUCAGGCCUCAUUUGAAAGUGAGAUUCAUUGACAAAAAGUACAAACAUGGGAAAUAUUACGAAAAGAAGUUUGUCGUCGAAGACGUCAUAGGUCACGAUAGAUUCAUCCUUCGCUCCGAUGGUGGGGGUUCUACAUUUUUGGAGGACAUUACCACAUCUCAGGUGGAGACCGUGAUUCCGAAACAGACGGGCGCUGCAGUAUGUAUACUUGAAGGUCGUCAGAAGGGCAGGAUUGGCGAACUGGUGGAGAGAAACCGAUCUCAGGAGGUCGCAAUUGUGAAAAUACCCGACGGCGCCGUGGUCGAGUUGAGUUAUGACGAUAUUUGUGAAUUCGUCGGGGAUCCAGAAGAUUAUUAUUAACGAUUUCAUUAGUAUAGAAAUUAAUGUUUUAUUUUAUUUUAUUUUAUUAAUUUUAUGUUACAUUAUUCUGUUAUAUCACGUCCAAUUUUUGACGAAAUAUAUAAAUGAGAUGAUUUUAGUAAAACAAAA